AUGGAUGAAUUUCAGCAUGUUUAUCAAACAAAAAGAAUUACUUUCACUUUGAAGAAUGAUGUUUGGAUUGCACGUGAGGACCUGGUCUGGAAUAGGCAGGACGAGGAAACCAUGAGUACCACCUCUCAGGUCUGCAACACUAGCCUCCUCGAGUUGCCAUCCUACCCUCCUUACCAGCUCUGCCUUGGACGCACUCAAGAUGUUGGCAACCUUGAGGAGAUUGACCAGGAAACCACAUAG